GAGUAUGAGGCUCUGGCCUCCACUGGCCACUCGUCUGUGACUCCUUCCACCACGGCGGAGCCUUCCAAGCCUACCUCCUGCCGUGUGGUAAUCUACCUGCAGCGGGAGAUGUCGGGGGAUACCUGUUUGUGCCCAUCUUCAGGCGCUAAGCCCAAGCUCAGUGGCUUCAAGGGCGGAGGCCUGGGCAACAAGUACGUCCAGCUCAACGUGGGAGGCUCCCUUUACUACACCACUGUCCGCGCACUAACCCGGCACGACACAAUGCUCAAAGCCAUGUUCAGUGGGCGCAUGGAGGUGCUGACAGACAAGGAAGGCUGGAUCCUCAUAGACCGCUGUGGAAAACACUUUGGCACUAUUUUGAAUUACCUCCGAGAUGACACCAUCACCCUGCCUCAAAACCGGCAAGAGAUCAAAGAACUGAUGGCUGAAGCGAAAUAUUACCUCAUCCAGGGGCUGGUGAACAUGUGCCAGAGUGCCUUGCAGGACAAGAAGGACUCUUACCAGCCUGUGUGCAACAUCCCCAUCAUCACAUCUUUGAAGGAGGAGGAGAGGCUCAUCGAAUCCUCCACCAAGCCCGUGGUGAAGCUGCUGUACAACAGAAGCAACAACAAAUAUUCCUACACCAGCAACUCUGACGACCACCUGCUGAAAAACAUCGAGCUGUUUGACAAGCUCUCCCUGCGCUUCAAUGGCCGUGUGCUCUUCCUCAAGGAUGUCAUUGGUGACGAGAUAUGCUGCUGGUCCUUUUAUGGGCAGGGCCGGAAGCUGGCAGAGGUGUGCUGCACCUCAAUCGUGUAUGCAACGGAGAAGAAGCAGACCAAGGUUGAAUUCCCAGAGGCCCGAAUCUAUGAGGAAACACUCAAUGUCCUACUCUACGAGACCCCUCGCGUCCCUGACAACUCCCUGUUGGAGGCUACAAGCCGCAGCCGCAGCCAGGUGUCCCCCAGUGAAGAUGAGGAAAACAAUGAACUGCGAGAUCGAGUCCGUCGCAUCCAUGUCAAGCGCUACAGCACCUAUGAUGACCGGCAACUCGGCCACCAGUCUGCUCACCGGGACUGA